GGGGGCGGGGGGAGGGAUGGGGGGAAAGCAAGCAGGAGGACAGGUGAGACAGCAGGACAGGACCGGAGCAGGGCCCCAAGCCCCCGGGCCUGGCGGGGGACGCGCCUCUCCCCACACCCGGAGCCUCAGCAGCUCCAGCCAGAGGACCCAAAGGCAGAGAGGAGAAGAUGGGGAGCCCCGAGGACGACCUGAUCGGGAUUCCAUUCCCAGACCACAGCAGUGAGCUCCUGAGCUGCCUCAAUGAGCAGCGCCAGCUGGGACACCUAUGUGACCUCACCAUCCGGACACAGGGCCUUGAAUACCGCACCCACCGGGCUGUGCUGGCUGCCUGCAGCCACUACUUCAAGAAGCUCUUCACUGAGGGCGGUGGCGGAGCGGUCCUGAGCGCUGGGGGCGGCGGGGUGGCUGCCGGGGGAGCAGGGGCCGGCGUGUGUGAGCUGGACUUUGUGGGGCCGGAGGCGCUGGGUGCCCUGCUCGAGUUUGCCUAUACAGCCACACUGACCACCAGCAGCGCCAACAUGCCGGCAGUGCUCCAGGCUGCGCGGCUGCUGGAGAUCCCGUGUGUCAUCGCUGCCUGCAUGGAGAUUCUGCAGGGCAGCGGACUAGAAGCUCCCAGCCCUGACGAGGACGACUGUGAGCGAGCUCGCCAGUACCUGGAGGCCUUCGCCACAGCCACGGCUUCAGCCUCGGGAGUUCCCAACGGUGAAGACAGCCCUCCACAGGUGCCCCUCCCACCGCCGCCGCCGCCCCCUCGGCCUGUCGCCCGCCGCAGCCGCAAGCCCCGAAAAGCUUUCCUGCAGACCAAGGGGGCCCGGGCAAACCACCUAGUGCCUGAAGUGCCCACAGUGCCCACCCACCCCUUGACCUACGAGGAGGAGGAGGAGGCGGCAGGCCGAGUGAGUGGCAGCGGGGGCAGUAGGCUGGGGGACAGCUACAGCCCUCCCACAGGGACUGCCUCACCCCAUGAGGGGCCCCUGAGCUAUGAGGCCUAUGAGGGUGAGGAAGAAGAGGAGGAGCUGGCAUAUCCCCCCGCCUAUGGGCUGGCGCAGGGUGGCGGGCCCCCGCUGUCCCCAGAGGAGCUGGGCUCAGAUGAGGAUGCCAUCGAUCCUGACCUGAUGGCCUACCUGAGUUCCCUACACCAGGACGCCCUGGCACCAGGCCUAGAUGGCCAGGACAAGCUAGUGCGCAAACGCCGCUCCCAGAUGCCCCAGGAGUGCCCGGUCUGCCACAAGAUUAUCCACGGGGCUGGCAAACUGCCACGCCACAUGAGGACCCAUACGGGUGAGAAGCCCUUCGCCUGUGAAGUCUGCGGCGUCCGUUUCACCCGGAAUGACAAGCUGAAGAUCCACAUGAGGAAGCACACAGGAGAGCGCCCCUACUCAUGCUCGCACUGCCCAGCCCGCUUCCUGCACAGCUAUGACCUCAAGAACCACAUGCACCUGCACACAGGGGACCGGCCCUAUGAGUGCCACCUGUGCCACAAGGCUUUCGCCAAGGAGGACCACCUGCAGCGCCACCUCAAAGGCCAGAACUGCCUGGAGGUGCGCACCCGGCGGCGCCGCAAGGACGAUGCACCCCCUCACUACCCCCCGCCCUCUGCCGCCACCCCGACCCCUGCUGGCCUCGACCUCUCCAAUGGCCACUUGGACAACUUCCGACUCUCUCUGGCUCGAUUCUGGGAGGAGCCAGCCCCUACUGGGCCCCCAGUCUCCACCCCGGGGCCCCCUGAUGACGAUGAGGAAGAGGGGGCACCCACCACACCUCAGGCUGAAGGUGCCAUGGAGUCCUCUUAAAGAGGGACGAGUGGCCGAGCUGGAGCAGCACGGGGCCGGGACGCCCAUGCUGAGCAGCGGGAGUGUGCAGCAGAGACGGCGCUGGGGUCCGGGCACUGAGCCUCCCUGGCAUCGGAAAUUGGGCCCUUCCCUCAGAGCUCUCAUUCCAGUUCCAAGCUGAGAAGGUUUUGGGGCAGAGGCUCCCCAGAUUGGGGUGCUCUCCCAAGGAGUGAUACAUACGAUAUUAUGUAUAUAUUUACAGCUCCAUUGUAAAGGUGGGGUCCCUGUCCCCAGCUGCUCCUGGGGAGUAGAAGCAAUAAUGUAUUUCUGAUUUGUGGGGUCCCUCUUCGGCUAUGCGGGUUUCUAGGGGGUGGGGGGCUUGGGACCAAAGCCUUGCCCUGCCCCCAUGCCCCUUGGGGUUUUGGCUGUGUAAGGGGGUGAAGGACUGCCCCUCCCUUUCGAGACCCCUCCUUCCUGGUUUCUGUUCCCUUUUCCUGGCAGUGAAUUAUGCAAAGGGGGGCGGCAAAGGAAGGGUAAGUGGGGGAAAGCAAGGUAGAAGCUUGAAAGACUGGGGGACUGGGCCUGUAAGGAAGGAGCCAUCCUAGUCCCCCUCCGCCCUGCUCCCAGCGCUGAGUCAUGGGGUCCUGGAGAAGGGGGCGGGGUGGCCUGAUUGGUUCGCCCGCCCCUGGGGGCAGCGGGAGGGGCCCCGCCCAACUACGGGAGCUGCUGCUGGUUCUCCUCCCCUCCCCUCCCCUCCCGAGUCGCUGGGCAGGGAAUGUCUUGUUCCCGCCGCUCCCUCCCCGGGGCCAGAGGGCAGGGCGGGCCGGGCGGUGGCCUACCCUCUUCUCCUCCUCCCCGCCCAGGUGCAAGCCGGAGCCGCGACACCGCUGCCGCCCCUGACUCACGCCGCCCCCGGGCUGGCGCGGUGCAGGGUGUGGGACAGGGUGAGGGGUUGGGGGGAGCCUUGCGGAGACCGGGCGAGCCGGCGCCAUCUGGCGGCCGUGCCCUGCGCGGGCGAGCGCCCCUGGCGGCCACUUCCAGCGAGCCGUCUUCUCGCAACCUCCACCACCCCAGCUGGUGAGCGGCGCCCCCUUGCCAAGGCCGGGGCAAAUAGCUUCUUGCUUGGCCGCAAGGAAAGUGGGCUGCGGACCUGUGGGAAAGGGAUCCUUUCCCCAGACCCUUGCCAGCCGGGCUUCCUGUUGGGUCGGGGAGAGUAAUCCCCUCACUCUACCCUUAGGAUUGAAUCCACCCCCGGUCUGUACAUAGCCUUUUCUGUUGGUCUUGUUGAAAUCUAGUUUCAGAUUUUUAACUACCCAAUUCUGCUGGGGGUGGGGGUAUCUCCUCCCCACCUUCCUCGCUGGGUGCUGGACCCCAUUCUGCCUGGGCUCUGCCUUGCACUAUUUCCCCUCCCUGGCCUGGCGGCUCCUCCCCCUCCUUAAAAGGGGCAGGUUCAGGGGCCCGGUGCUCUCUCCCCCCCCCAUGCACCCCCAUGCCCAUUUGCACAGCUGCCCAGGUACCCCCAAUAGUGGGGGGGGGUCACAGGGAGGGGGUAGCGGGACCAGUCCUUGUAUCUAUUUAAAAAGUGAUGAUGUAAUAUAUUGGGGUAGGGGGAGGUCGGGUUGCCCUGGGCCUCAUCUUAGCAUUUCAGGUGAUGGGAGAGCCCAGGGCUGAGGAGACCUGGGGCCUAGCCCCAGGGAGUGAGGACAAUGUGGCCUCCCCCCUCCCCCCUUGCGGCUUCUCCACUCAGUGCCUUACGGGGUGGGGGGGAGGCAAUCCCCCCUCUCCUGUUCCCCUCCCCUUGCCCUGCCCCCCACCUCGGGUGUAAGUGACAGGAAGAAAUAAUAAUUUAAGAUUCACA